AUGUGCUUCACCCAUUACGAGAACUUGACCUUAAAGACAUCAACCAUCACGCCAAUACACAACAACUACUCGCGACAAACUUCUCUAGCGUUCAUGCCUCUGAUGAUAACAUCUUACCAUUGUGGCAUAUUGACAGCAAAGAAUCUACAUUACAUUCUGGACUUGGCGCGAAUCGACACUCGGCCUAUUCCCAAUUCCCAUCUUUUCGAGACGGCGGCGAAACAAGCCCCUGCUCAGCGCCUCACCGCACACCACUUACUUUCCAUUCGCCACGCAAUCUUCAGUGAAGCGGCCAACAAGAACUGCCCUGCGUUUCGGAUUCUGAAGAAGGAAGGACAUCAUAACGGAGUACACUGCUCGUCGGACAUCUCAGUCAAGCCGGCGCUUCUGCCAGCCCUGCUGCCCUCGCGCGGCUGCAUUGCCGUCACCAAUCAGUUUAUUAACAACCACUCUCCCCCGUCAACCCUUGCCCGAUACCCACAGCGAGCAAGGCAGGCCAAGGGUAACCGGGUCUCUUUUUCUCUUUUCUCUUCCCUUCCUCCUCUCCAGUCGAGAAAGACGUGGUCUGCUGGCUUUCUCUUCUACAAGUUUGCAUUAACUAUUCCUUCUGCAUUCUUGAUAUCAGCUCGCUCCCCUCUUUCUCCCCUCACAAGUCGCCCGUGCCGGGGCGCCAUAUCGAACAUUAUUUCCAUCUACAGACCGGCGACCGUUCAGGGCGGAUCGCUCUGGAGGGAUCCAUGUAUCAAGACCACGCUGGCGGACAAUUAUCGAAAUACUUACCAUGUGGACUACUCUGGUCAGCUCUCGCCUUCCGCUGACCAGAGGCAAGUCCACGCCGCAUAUGACACGUCCGCCUUCUCCGAUACACAGCGGCAGCAUGGCCAGGACCACCAGCAACAACAUCAUCAGCAACACCAGCAGCAUCCUAACCCAUACCAAAGAGACGUCAUAUCAGAUUCUAGUAUUCCUCGAAUCCAGUCAGACUCCAACACAGACGCUGGUACCUCGCAUCACCAGCAGGUUUUGGCGCAGCCGCAGGCGUCCCCGCACGGUUCUUCGCAGCUCCUCUUCAGUCCAGCCAUGGGGCCACCUCGAGGGGACCGGAUGGGAAAUCCAUUUGGCGCCCACGGAUCAUUAAUAAAUCCUCUGUAUCCGACCAUGUCGCCCUCCAACCCGCGACACUCGCCGUCCUCGCCACAUCAAGGAAGUAGCUCUGGGAAGCGAGGGCGACCGGAAGACUUUGACCUGACAUCCGCGGGUAUGCAAGAACUUCAGCACCCGAGUCUCGCAGGAAUGGUAACAACGCCAAUGGGAGGAAGCUACUCGUCGGGGAGUGGAAUGGCUGGCACGCCGCCGCUGCCCAUGACGCACCACCACCAUCUGCCUGACAUGGGGCCGCCCUCCAAAAUGAUGCGAAGAGACGAGUCAGGGCAACUUUCGGCCGCUAGCAUGGUUGGACAAGAAGGGAUGCCGAUGCCAGCACCGAGGCCACGGGGACCGAAGCUCAAGUUUACGGCCGAGGACGACCAGUUGCUGAUCUUGCUCAAGGAACAAAAGAACUUGACAUGGAAGCAAAUUGCCGAUUUCUUCCCUGGGCGCUCCUCAGGAACGCUACAAGUACGAUACUGCACGAAGUUGAAAGCAAAAACAACACUGUGGACAGAUGAUAUGGACCAAAAGCUUCGCAACGCGCUACAAGACUACGAAAACGAGAAAUGGAGAAUUAUUGCUCACAAAGUCGGAACCGGGUUCACGCCCGCAGCGUGUCGCGAGCGAGCCGCCCAGAUUGGUAUUGGCGACGAGGAGUACCAGCCGCCUAUGUCGCCCGAACCUGGGCCUUCCGAGAGCGGCAUUGUCAUGUACCCCGGUGAAGGUCGACACUUGCCAUAUCCAGAUAAGCAUCACCAGGGAAUGCAGGAACAAUAA